AUGAGGGGUCACAAAGUGAGGACGGCGAUAUUGGCAGCCCUUAGCAGACGACGUAAGGUGAGGAAACUUCACAUAAAACCUAAAGAGGCAGGUGCAUUCCAUUUCGUCGGCGCCGAAAUGUGCGCGUAUUUCACGCUUCACGCGUCAUUACAGCGCCUCACAGCGAAUACACGGUGUUUCAGCGAAAAGGGAAAGAGUAACAAUAAAAAUCUUACUGCUGAAAGCGAAUGA